AUGUCGAACAGCGAGCAUACCACAGUCUUACUCCGUUGCCUAACAAGGUCGCCGUCGCCUCAGGGCUUCCGGGUUAUAGCGCAGGUAUCAGGGCAUGUGGUUACGGUCUUUGGCUGCACUGGAUUUUUGGGAAGAUAUCUCGUGUCUAAGCUCGGGAAACUUGGCACCCAGGUGGUCGUUCCAUACCGUGACGAAGACGAAAAGAGACGUCUGAAGCCCAUGGGUGAUCUCGGACAAAUCGUACCUAUGGAAUGGGACAUCCGUAAUGAGUCCCAGAUAGCCGAGUGUGUAAGGCACUCGACCAUCGUAUACAAUCUUGUUGGACGUGACUAUGAAACCAAAAACUUUGACUUCUCGUCAGUCCACGUCGAGGGCGCCGAACGAAUCGCAAGGAUCGCAGCGGAGUCUGGUGUUCCACGCUUCGUCCACGUCUCGCAUCUUAACGCCUCGGCUUCUUCACCGUCCAAGUUCUACCAGGCCAAGGCAGAAGGAGAAGAUCGUGUGAAAGCGGCCUUCAAGGAUGUUACUAUUGUUAGGCCUUCGGCCAUGUAUGGGUACGAAGAUAAGCUGCUGAAUAACAUCGCUAUCUGGCCGAUCUGGUGGAAGUUGAACAAUGCUGAGACUCAAGUCCGGCCGGUACACGUCAUCGACGUUGCACAAGCUCUCGCCAACCUCAUGGAAGUACCCCGAUCACCUGGAGCUCUCAACCUUCCCGGUCCAUCCACGCUCACAUACGAAUAUCUAUUGGAUCUCGUGUCUUCCGUAACGCUUCAGCCACCAUCUAAAGCACCCACAAUUCCCAAAGCAGUGGCAACCCUUUUGGCCAAAGUUGCUUCGCAAUCAGUGUGGUGGCCAACUCUCAGUCCAGAUGAAGUGGUGAGAAGAUACGUUGAUGAUGCUGAAUUACCGGGCAAUUGGGAUCUUGUCGGAGUUACUCCGUCAGAAAUUGAACAUCAUGCCAUUACAUAUCUGAGACGGUACCGUUCUGCAGAUAAUUUCACGCGACCAAUCGUAUUUCCUCCUAGGCCGGACAUUGUCCUAGAGAACUGAAUGGUGGAAGAGGUUGUAGACUUACCCACUAUUUAGAAGAAAUAAUAAAUACUGUCCUCUGGAAUUCCUUUCUGGUCUGAUGUUCUAUGACGGAAUGUUUUCAUGGAAGCGGCGUAU